CGGGGAGCGGCGCGGCGGCGGAGGCGGUGAGCGCGGGGGCGCGGGCAGCGGCGGUUGGCGGGCGGGCCUUCCGCCGUUGGGGCCGCCGCGGCCUCCUCGCCUGGGCUCGGGCCGCUGCGCUGGGCAGGCCGAGGCGCCCGGGCACGUGGGCAUCAGACCGUGAAGCACUUUGUGCCAAAUCGUCACCACUCACCACAUGAGCCUAAGUCAUGACGGAUGCCAAGUAUGUCCUCUGCCGAUGGGAAAGGCGACUGUGGCCUGCAAAGGUUUUGGCCAGAACCAACACUUCAACAAAAAAUACGAGAAAAAAGGAAUUCUUUCUAGAUGUUCAAAUACUCUCUCUAGAGGAAAAAAUUCAGGUGAAGAGCACGGAAGUCGAAGCCCUGAAGAAGUCUCAGAUUGAGAACAUUGCCUCUUUCUUAGCCUCACAGGACGAGGUUCCCGCUGCACCCCUGGAGGAGCUGACCUACCGACGGUCUCUGCGGGUGGCUCUGGAUGUUCUGAAUGCGAGAGACAGCAUCCAUCAAGAAGGCCCUUCCAGGAGAGAUGGAACUGCUCCGUCUGAGAGAGAGCAGCUGCCCACGGGUGCGGCCUCCCUGCUCCCUGAUUCUCUCUCUCCACCUUUUUUCCGGGAAGAGAAGUUGGCCCAGCCUGAACCUGAGAGGAGGUGGGGACAUGCACAGCACAGCUGGUCAGGUUUGUCCGCUGGUGAAGAGGCCCCCACAUGCAAAGUGGACCACAACAAGGAGCUCAGGAAAAGAGAAAACCCAGGAGCCCCGUCAGUCACUCCGACCAGAGGUGGUUGUCAGGAUGGUUGUGGGUCAAGGAACCACCGAAGCAGCGGAACUCGUGCAAGUAAGAGGAGAAGGAAUUCAGCCUCGAAGUCCAGCUGGUGCCAGGGGGUGCCUGCCCUUGCAGGGGCAGGGCUGGAAGAGGAAAUCCAGGGAGAGCCUGGCCGCUGGAUGGCCCUGUCCUCACCUUCCCGAGCCAGGGAGGACGAUCCAUGUGCCAGGGCUGAAGGACAUGACCCAGGCUUGCCAUCAGGCAGCCUCACGGUGCCCCCAGCCCAGGAUGGGGCUGGGGGACGCCUGGUGAAGAGGCUGUGCCUUGAUGGAGGCCGGAGGCUGCAGAUGGCACAGCUGGAGCCGGCGGCCUCGGGGACAGUGCUGCCUCUCUCCAGCAGUCCUGCAGAGGAAGCGGGAUGCCCUGGUCUGCAGGCUGGCGGCGGCCGGCCAGAGCAAGAGCCUCCGUCUUCUGAAGAGUCCAUGGAGUGCGGUUCCAUCAAUUCCAUUCUGGAUGCAGAGGAGGAAGACGAGGAGCCACCAAGGAUUCUUCUGUAUCACGAACCGCGUUCCUUUGAAGUAGGAAUGCUCGUCUGGCUUAAAUACCAAAAAUACCCCUUCUGGCCAGCAGUGGUCAAAAGCGUGAGGCGGAGAGAUAAGAAGGCGAGCGUGCUCUUUAUUGAAGGGGACAUGAACCCGAAAGGCAGAGGCAUCACUGUGUCGCUCAGGAGACUGAAGCACUUUGACUGUAAGGAGAAGCAGAUGCUGCUGGACAAAGCCAAAGAGGACUUCGACCGGGAUAUUGGCUCCUGUGUCUCCCUCAUCACCGACUACCGGGUACGGUUAGGCUGUGGCUCCUUUGCAGGCUCUUUCCUGGAGUACUAUGCUGCCGACAUAAGCUAUCCUGUCCGGAAAUCCAUCCAGCAGGAUGUUUUGGGGACCGGGUUUCCUCAGCUGAGCAAGGGGGAGCUCACAGAGCCCAUGGAAGGCAUCCCUGUGGGGCGCAGGCGGCCCUGCAGGAAGGUGCUGCCUGACCGCUCUCGGGCUGCCCGGGACCGUGCCAACCAGAAGCUGGUGGAGUACAUUGUGAAGACCAAGGGCGCCGAGAGCCACCUGCGGGCCAUCCUAAAGAGCAGGAGGCCGUCGAGGUGGCUGAAGACGUUUCUGAGCUCCAGCCAGUACGUGACCUGCGUGGAGACCUACCUGGAGGACGAGGAGCAGCUGGAUCUGGUGGUGAAGUACCUGCAGGGUGUCUACCAGGAGAUGGACAGCGAGGUGCUGGCGCGGGUCAGCGGGGACAGCAUCCGGUUCAUCCUGGACGUGCUGCUGCCCGAGGCCAUCAUUUGCGCUAUCUCUGCGGUGGAUGCGGUGGAUUACAAGACAGCAGAAGAAAAGUAUAUAAAGGGACCUUCGCUCAGCUAUCGGGAAAAAGAAAUAUUUGAUAACCAGCUCCUGGAAGAACGGAACCGGCGCCGUUAAUGGGCGCUUCGUGGCACGCUCUGCUGUCUGCGGCAGGUGCCUGGCACGUCUGCCCUCCAGUCUGCACCACUGUUCUGGAAGCCCGGGACCCCUGGAGUGCAUCAGAAGGGUGGGUUUCAUUCACACACCCAAGCAGUUCUCUUCCCUGUGUUUGUGGAAGGUGUGUCCCCGACUGGGUUCUGAAAGGACAAGUGUGCUUCGGGGAGUGGCUCCUGUUUUGGUGUCUUGAUACGAGGUGCAUGUUCAUUGUUCACGUUAACACUGCAUCCAGUAUUAAACGAGUUUAAAAGAGGCUGUGG